GUAGACGCAGUGCGUGUGUAUGUGAACAGCAGCUCUGAGAACCUCCAAUACCCUGUCCUGUUUGUGGUUCGCCAGCAGAAGGGAGUGCUCUCCUGGCAGGUCCCACUCAUUUUUCGAGGCCUCUAUCAGAGGACCUACAAUUAUCAAGAAGUGAGUCGGACCCUUUGUCCCUCUGAGCCAGCUCCUGAGAGAGGACCUUCUGACCAGGUUAUAUUUGUGGAUGUUGCUUCCAUGGCACCAUUUAAUAUUGCAUAUGAGCUCCUAGUCACAAGGCUCGAGAGCUUCCAACUUGAGACCAACAAAGCCUUUAACUUCACUGCCAGCCCUUCCCAGCCCCAGUAUUUCCUGUACAAAUUUCCUGAGGAUGUCGAUUCAGUCAUCAUUAAAGUGGUGUCUGAUGCAGUCUAUCCAUGCUCAGUUGUCUCUGUCCAGGAUAUUGUGUGCCCAGUGUAUGACCUGGACCACAAUGUGGAGUUCAACGGCGUUUACCAAUCCAUGACUAAGCAGGCAGCCAUAACAGUGCAGAGAAAGGAUUUCCCAGGUGAGCAGUUCUUCGUCGUGUUUGUCAUCAAGCCAGAGGAUUAUGCCUGUGGUGGUUCUGUGCCUUCUUCCAUGCAUGGGAACGUCAAUCGCACCUGGAACCUGCAGCGGACGAAGAACCUUCAAGUGACAAUUGAGCCUUCUAUCAAAAAGUCUGUGUAUAUCCAAGCCAUGUUCUUCAGUUUCCUGAGUUUCCUCUCCUUUUACCUGGGCUCAGUGGUGGUUGCUUUUGUCCACUACAUCAGGGUUCAGAGGAAGGCUUCAGCUGGCAGAUUGAGUCCUGAGGAUGGAUCUGGGAUUAUGACUUCUUCUCACCCCAUUACAGCCAGCACCCCCGAGGGAAGCAGCUAUGGUGCUAUUGAUGAAUCAAGCUCCAGUGGUGGGCAGCAGCUGUGCUCCCCUGAGCUCAAGCCACCAGCUGGUUAUGACACAGACAGCUCUGUGGAGGAGGAGAGUGACUUUGACACCAUGCCGGAAAUCGAAAGCGAUAAGAACGUCAUCCGCACUAAGGUGUUCCUCUACCUGUCAGACUUGUCCAGGAAGGACCGAAGGAUUGUCAGCAAAAAAUACAAAAUCUAUUUCUGGAACAUCAUCACCAUUGCAGUGUUUUAUGCCCUGCCAGUUAUCCAGCUUGUCAUCACUUACCAGACGGUAGUGAAUGUGACAGGCAAUCAAGACAUCUGCUACUAUAACUUUCUGUGUGCUCAUCCCCUUGGAGUGCUGAGUGCCUUCAACAACAUCCUCAGCAAUGUAGGCCACAUGCUGCUGGGCUUUCUCUUCCUCCUCAUUGUGCUGCGCAGAAACAUUCUCCACCGCCGGGCCAUGGAGAUGAAAGACAUCUAUACCCUGGACUAUGGCAUCCCAAAACAUUUUGGCCUCUUUUAUGCUAUGGGAAUUGCUCUGAUGAUGGAAGGGGUGCUCAGUGCCUGCUACCAUGUCUGCCCUAACUACUCCAAUUUCCAGUUUGACACCUCCUUCAUGUACAUGAUUGCAGGACUGUGCAUGCUGAAGCUCUACCAGACCCGACACCCAGACAUCAAUGCCAGCGCCUACUCUGCCUAUGCCUCCUUUGCUGUGGUGAUCUGCCUGGCUGUCCUUGGAGUGGUGUUUGGGAAAAAUGAUGUGUGGUUUUGGGUGAUUUUCUCCAUGAUCCAUGUUUUGGCCUCGCUGGCUCUCAGCACCCAAAUCUACUACAUGGGCCGCUUCAAGAUAGAUGGCCCUGACUCAGACCUGGGGAUGUUCCGCCGGGCGGCGAUGGUGCUGUACACAGACUGCAUCCAGCAGUGCAGUCGGCCAAUGUACAUGGACAGGAUGGUGCUGCUCAUUGUUGGAAACCUGGUCAACUGGUCCUUUGCUGUCUUUGGGCUGGUGUAUCGGCCCAGAGAUUUUGCCUCCUACAUACUGGGGAUCUUUAUCUGUAACCUGCUGCUGUACCUGGCUUUCUACAUCAUCAUGAAGCUCCGCAGCUCUGAGAAGCUCCUGCCCAUCCCCCUGUUCUGCAUUGUGGCCACAGCAGUGGUGUGGGCAGCUGCCCUCUACUUCUUCUUCCAGAACCUCAGCAGCUGGGAGGAGACUCCAGCAGAGUCCCGGGAGAAGAACCGGCCCUGCAUCCUGCUGGGCUUCUUCGAUGACCAUGAUGUCUGGCACUUCCUCUCUGCAGCUGCCUUGUUCUUCUCCUUUCUGGUCCUGCUGACCCUGGAUGAUGACCUGGACACGGUGCGCAGGGACAAGAUCCCAGUGUUCUGAGCCCUGGGGGGUGGGGACAUAGGAGUGUCCCAAACUGCUCAGCCAAAGGCAUCUGUGGGGAAUGACCCUGCUUCUGUGGCCAUCCACCUCGUGGGAGCCAUGCAGCUGGAUCCCACAGCAAAGCAUGGAGGGGUACAGUGGUAACUGAGGUGGGACUGGGAGGAAGGACAAUGUUUGCUCCUUUCCCUUUCCUCUGGGGCAGGCAUGACCCAGUGGCUGAGGCCAGUCUGCAGCCCUCUGGCUUGUGGGUGCAAUGGGUGCUGAAGCCAGAGAAGAGGAAGGAAACAGGAGAUGUGUUUGAGACUUCUGCUUCCCUUCCUCCCUGAUGAUGUGCUCCACUUCCUUUCUGGUGAGAGGUCUUGACAAGUGCAGCACAGUUCCUCCUGCGCUGGCAGCUGGCACCUGUACCCUGAAGGCUGCUGCUCUCAGAGCCCCUUCAGCAGCCAUGAGGAGAGCCUUUGGUUCCUGUCCUGCAACCUCUGAGCAAGCCCUGGACUCCAGACUGAGGUGGCAAUGGGGGGACUGUAUUCUUGGUUUGGUUA